UCAGCGGCAGCCCAACAAGGAUGUGACGCCAUCACGCUGCGCUCUUAAAGUGAACGUCAGGUCUCAGACAGGCGGAACCAAAACAUUCAGUUGUGUGUUUCUGCAGGAACUUUGAAGUAGUUCGACAGAGAGUUCAGCUCAGUUGUAGUUAAUGUGUUGUGACUGUGAACAGAUAACUAGAUUAUCCCUUUAAGGCUGUUUAUAACCCGCAGAGUCUCAGCUGAGAGGCGGAAAUGGUCUCCACGGUGCAGAACACCGACGUGAAGCAGAAGGAUGCUGAUCGUGCCAUGGUUGUUGCAGUAAUGUCUCGUGCGGUGUUCGAACCUGGAGCUGAUGAUGAUGAGAUGUACAAAGUGGGCCCAGCUUUCCCGCUGCUGCAGGCGCUCCAGAGAGUGAACGAGCGUCUGCUGGAGGAGAAUCCGGCUGAGUCGCUGCUGUUUGAUGUCGUCCUGAUCACCACCGACAGAAAGCAGCAGCAGCAGAGCUCCCACAUCAUCAGCAGCACCAGACAUUACGGUCUUGAUGUCAGCAGAUUUUGUUUUUCCAGUGAGGAGGACUUUGUUGAGAGUUUACUGAAAAACAACGUGCUGCUCUUCCUGUCGACGGACCAAAACGAGGUGUCGCAGGCAUCACAGAAAGGUGUUCUCUCAGCGCUGCUGGGCCUGCAGACAGCUUCCUGUCCAUCAGAGCAGCUCAGAGUUUUAUUCUGCGGAGACGCCAUCAUCCAGCCUGACACCGGCCCAAAGCCGGCAAGCCGACAGGCCGCUCAGAGUUUCUCUGCUCAGCUGGGUGAGAUGCGGCGGAGGUUCGGCGUGUUCGACAGCCCUCUCAACAUCGUCUUGGUGACGUCACAUGGUGGCAGAGAAAGCUGUGGCACCGCCCUGCAGACCCUGCGGUCCCGUGGCGUCAGCGUGGACGAGGCGUACUGCCUGGCCGGGGCUCCAAGGGGCCCCAUCCUGUCUCUGCUCAGCCCGCACUUCCUGCUCACUGAUGGCUUCAGCAGCCUAGAGGGGUGAUGACAUCAUGACAGGACGAACUGUCACAUGACUUCACAAAAAAAACACAAAGAACCCUUCACUGUGUCUUUAAGAGAAGCUGCCAAACCCUCAGUCUGGACUCAGAGUUAAACACGUCUGAACAGUUUUUUUCUGUUUGAACCUCAGAGUGAAAAAAGUGUUUCCUGUUUGUGACGAGUUGCUGAUCUAUAAACAUUUAUCUGUUGCUCUUUGUUUGCUUUUCACUUUGAUGUGAACUCAGUACUUUUGCCAGUUUUCCAGUGAUCUGACUGAUCAGUGAUCAAUGAUCGAGCUGUUACCAAGUUUUGAUCUGAUCCUCUGAGCUGAACCUGCUCAGGAGCAGGUUGUGAACAUCAACACUGAAUUGGUUUGUUGUUGUAAUAUUUAAAGUUGACCAGCAGGUGGCAGCGUCAGUCAGUAAAACCUGCAGACAUAAGGUAGAAACACACACAAACAAAAGGUCAUCUCUGUGCAGUUUGUGUAUUUAAGAAGGUUCCCGGGUCCUUGGAUGGUCCUUGACGUUGCAGGUCUCCAAGGACCAGGUUUACGCUCUGUCUUCAAGCUUUUGGUUCUUUGAUGUAUUUUCUUCCUUUAAUGUCUGCAGUGGUCUCUAGUGGUCCUGGAGUAACAGGAAAUCCUUUAGGACGUCCACCGGUCCUUCAGAGGUUGUUUAAGUCUUUGAGGAUAUUUCAUGGGAACAUUUUGUAUGUGAUGAAUAUGGUCAGAGUUCCAGUCUGAGCCUGGAAAAUCCAGCAGGUUAACAUGAUCAGUUUCAGUCAUCGGAGGAUGUAAACCAGACGGAGGCUGAGCUGAUGAUCGGGAGGCGCUGACUCAUCUCUGCUGCCACAAAUUAAAACAUGUUCAGAGAAAUGAAGCAGCCCGGCGCGCUUGUCUGUUUCCCACAGUCUCACAUGGACUGAAUGUUUGUUUCCAUUAUCCUGAGCAUCAGCAUCUCCGCCUCCUGAACACAAAGCUGCUCUUCUAAACUUCAUCAGCUAAUUCAGUCUCUUAAUAAACAGUCUGUUCAUAUUUUUUUCCCUGCUUGGCAUUUAAGUUUUUAUUGUUUAAAAACCAGUUUUGGUGCCGAACUGCAAGAAAACCUUCAUCUAAUUUCAGGUUUACAGGAGUAAACACU